AGUGCGUGCACAGGAAAAUUGUUCAUCUAACAUUUUACAUGUGAGCUUCAGCACACACAAAAAAAAACAACGCCAGUUGAAAUCUAACGUUCAACAAGUGAACAUUUUCCAUGUAAAAUGAGUUUGACAAAUUUACUAAAGUCAACUGGUGGCAUAAUUUCAUCAGCGAAAAACCAGUAUGGUGACAUUGAACGAAUGUUUCAAGGAUAUGCCCAUAAUCCAUACAUUACUCAACCGUCGGAAAUGUACGAUAAUGCCUACUAUCCGGGCUACAUUCCUAACAAUCCACACGGCUACGGACUGAAAUACGGCUCAUCAGCUCCUGCUGGUGGAUAUGGACAUGACCAAGGCUAUGGAGGUGGUGGUGGAGGAGGAGGAGGACAUCAUUAUCAACCUCCUCACGACACAUAUGCUGAAGUCCAUUCUUACGGUGGAGGUUACAGUCACGCUCAGCCGCGUCACAAAAGUAAAGGCAACUCUUCAGCUAUGUCCGCACUCACAUUGCUAGCAUUUUUAUUCUUCCUGAACAUUCUUCAAAGUUGUUUAAAGGAGCACAUGUUGGCAAUGAAUCCAACAGUAAUGGUUAUGACCGCUGGUGCAUCACGCAGUAAGGCCAUUAUGCGUGAAAAUUUAGAUAAAGGCGACGCUGAUCUCAAGGAUACAACUUUGGAUCCAAUUACAACUGGUGACGGUGAUGAAUUUGAAAGUGAUUCACAAUUUCCCAAAUCUGAUUACAUUUAUCGGAAAUUUUUCAACGAAUCGGACAUCAAGUACCAGAAUGCUAAUAAUUUUUACACGCGGAGACCUCACCGAUCAUAAGAGGGUUUUUAUAAAUAAGUAUAAACUAGAGAACAGGCUCUAUUCGAUUGUUGUUUACAGAAAACCUUCGAAAAACUGUACCGCUAUCAAUACCCUUGAUAGAUGUAUCCAUUGGUGGAAAACUGUAAACAACAGUAGAAUAUAGAGCGGCAGAGCAGCAGUUUCAUUUUCUUUACAUUAAAAAUUUUCUAAUGUUAACGAUUAGUAAAUAAAUGAACACAUGAACGGAAGAGAUGUUAGUGGCAAUCUGAGAUUGUGAUCUGUCGUAAUUUUUAUUUGGAUGGUAAUAAUCGAACGUUAUUAGUUUUGGGUUGAGCGUUAAAAAUAAUUCCAUUUACCAAUAUUUCCAUCUUAUUGGUACCAAUUUGAUGAUAAUAACGGUAGCGAGAAUUAAAAUAUUUGUAAAAGGAAAAAUUCCAAUGGUCGUCGAUCAAAAAAUAUUGGUCGAAUAUAAUUU